ACACUCUUGGCGUGUGUGGAAUAUUCCUCGAUGCUGUACCAUCCACGGGCGACUGGAUUUUGCCCAUGCAGCAUGUCCGCAGCUCAAAUGGGAAGGAAAGUUGCGAGUGUCUCGAAGUAGAGAUUUCAAGAUCGACAUCUUCAUUUCCACACUUCUUGAUCUUCACUUAAAAACAAUUAGACCUGUUUCUGUCCACCGUAUGAACUCGAAACGAUACUCGAUUUCUCAUCUCUCAAUCUUUUCGAGUUCGGGAGAAGCUCUUUGCUCGAGGGCGAGCGGCUAUACAUUCCUUGCGUUCUUUCUUUCUCAUUUGUCCAAUCGUCUCCAUGUGUCUUGCUUUCCUGUCACGUUACGGAAGUCCAUUUCUGGAAGCGUCGAUCUCUAUCGCUCUCGCAUGCUAACACAAUGCCGUGGCCUUGGGAAAUGCCGAUGAUAAACACGUAUGAGCUGUAUCCCUGGAAGAAAGGAGACUCGUCGCCAUCGAGAUCAUGUGUCCAGAAGACACCAACUCUAGUGGAAGUAGUGGAAGGUGAAUCUAUGCAGACUGUGCAGGAUUUGAUGAUCGUGGAUGAGAAGGAGGACAGUUCAGACGGCAAUUCCAAGCAACAUCAAGGCCGAACAGGAGAUUGUUUUUCAUUCAGCCUACAAUCGUCUCUCGUUUCCAGCGAGUCUCGACAUGAUCUUCCACAGCUCGGAGCAGAUAUAGGGAUUUACACCAACCAUCUGCAGCCUUGCCUGCAGCCAUUGCGUGGCACGUACGCUCCGAGUCGCCGUCGCAUUUGCUGUGCAGGACUAUGGUCGUGGUUGGUAACGUAGAAUCAGUUCAAGUGAUGAAAGAUGCAUAUCCUCAAUAUGUAUCGCAACGCACCGAUACUUCGGGUAGUAGUCAUCCCAGCAGGACUCUAAAUCCUGGAAUAUUUCACUUCUGAUUCAUUUCAGCAUUUAUUGUCAUCGAUUUUUUUAACUCUUCAUGGGUUCUUUCGAGGGCUUUUAUAGAUUGAGGCUGAGGUUUUCCAGGUAGAAGUCCUGUUGGCUUCUGCCACCUGAAACUAAAGUUCAACACAUAUUUCAACACUCUCUUCAAAUUCAGCUCUUCAUGCAUGGUCACAAUCUUUGUGCCUAUUGUUUACAUUGUGUCACUCUCAUUCAG